AUGGCUUUCAUAGAGACUUUGUUAUCUCUAAUUUCUCUACUCUCAAGUGCUUUGCUACUACAUGCAGCUAUUGAAGGUCCAAAGCCCAUCACUCUAAGUCUUAUUCACCCAUUUUCGCCCCACUCACCUUUCUAUCCAGGGAACAUAACUGAUAUGGAGAAGAUUGAUAUACUUAUUCAGGUCACGAAUGCUCGUAUUCAUCAUCUAUUCUCGAUGAUGAGAGAACGAAAUUGGAAUGGUAGCAGUGAGGUUGAUGACAUAGUGGCAAUAGUGCAAUACACUGGUUUUUACUUUGUAGCCCAGGUGGGUAUAGGUUCAUUUCCACCUUUUCCUGGCCGAAAUGAGAAGCAUUAUUUGUUGAUGAUUGAUACUGGAAGUGAAUUAACAUGGGUUCAAUGUGAAGAGUGCAAUCCUUGCUUUCCUCUACAACAACCUAAUUUCCCAUAUAAAAGAUCUCAGAGUUACAAGCCUAUUCCUUGUGGUGACCCAACAUGUCCAACUCCAAACCAGGAUUGCUUUCAAUCAUUUUGUGGAUUCAAGAUAAGUUAUGGGGAGGAGGACCCUCCAACCUCAACAGCAGGAGCCAUUAUAAAAGAGACCUUAACCUUCCCUUCUAAUUUUGGAGGUACAGAAUCUUACAACAAUUUAUUCUUGGGUUGUGGCUUUAAGAACUACCACUAUGAAUUUCGACAACCGAAUAAAAUUGGUGGGAUUUUGGGCUUAGGGAUUGGAGACACUAAAAAUCUUCCCUUCCUGAACCAAGUAGGCAAAAAACGAUUUUCUUAUUGCCUAUUAAACUCUGAACACACCAAUUCUCAGUUAUGUAUUGGAGGUGCAAAGAUGGUAGGACCACAAGUGCUAUCAACACCAUUGCUGAGAGGACCAAAUGAAGCACUAUACUAUUUGGACUUACAGGAUAUUAGUAUCCAAAAUAUUCGUCUUAGACUACUGGGAUCGUUUUCUGGGGGUUCUGCCAUAGAUUCAGGAAGUCCAAUAACUUUUCUUCUUCCUAAUGUUUAUGCUCGUGUGAGAAUUGGCUUUGUUCAGUACUUCGACCGGUUUCAUAUUUAUCCAUACGAUAGUGGAAGUAGACCAAGAGAUUUGCCAAUGUUAGAUCUCUGUUUCCCUAAUCCAUCUGGUUUUGAUAGGUAUCCAACUAUGACAUUCCAUUUCAGAGGAGCUGACCUUGUUGUGCAACCCGAUGGUAUAUUUGCGUUCGGGAGAAAUUAUUUUUGUGUUCUACUUAAAUCAGGCCCCGCUACAAUGAUUGGAGCUUUUCAGCAAACGCAACACAAGUUCUCCUAUGACUUUGAGUUGGGAGAUAGAAGACAAGGAGAAAUUGGUGCUCUUCGCUUUGCUCCUCAGGAUUGUGGGUCCCCUGCUUCAGACUUUUGCGGUUGA